AUGCGCGCGAUCCUUGUGAAAGACGGGAAGGGCCACGUCGAGAAUCUCUAUCUCGGAGAGGCCGAAAAACCCGUUCCAGGACAGGGGAAUGUUCUUGUCAAGGUUAAGUUCUUCGGUUUAAACCGCAUGGACAUCCUCCAGCGAGAGGGUCAUUACCCUCUGCCUCCGGGAGCAUCUUCCAUUCUCGGAGUAGAGUUCUCAGGCCACGUCGAGCAAGUGGGAGAAGGCGUGACCGAAUGGUAUGCAGGCGACGAAGUCUUAGGGCUUGCGGCAGGCCUUGUGCGCCAUACGCAUGGCCGCGAGUCUAUCGUCGUCUUGACGCUUCCAAGUCAAGAUAUGUUUCCGGAGAGAAGCGCUGACAACCCUUACACCACCCAGGGCGCGUAUGCGGAAUACAUUAUCGCGCCGCGCGGUAAUAUCAUUAGGAAGCCAGCUCACCUAUCUUGGGCUGAAGCCGCCAGUAUCCCUGAGGUGUUCCUAACAGCGUUCCAGGCACUGGUGGUUCUUGCCGAGGUCAAGAAGGGCGAUGACGUCCUCAUCCAUGCCGGGGCGUCCGGAGUGGGCAUCGCCGCAAUCCAGCUGGCCCGACUCUACGGAGCUAACACGGUCACAGCGACGGCAUCUACCAAGGAUAAGCUCGACAUGUUAUUGCAGCUACCCAGUGGGGCCACCCACGUUGUGAAUUACAAGGAGCAGGACUUUUCCGCAGAAGUGAAGAAGACUACGGGGGGCAAGGGCGUCGACAUAAUCAUUGACUUCGUCGGCCAAUCCCACUGGAACAAGAAUAUCGACUCACUUGCCUACGAUGGGCGUAUGACGAUGCUGGCCUUCCUCAGUGGCGCCGAAGUGGAAAAGUUCAAUCUCGCCCCCAUUCUCUAUAAGCGCCUGAGGAUCCAGGGAUCGACACUGCGUGCCCGCUCAGAGAGCUACCAAGCAGAUCUAGUCGCGAGGUUCAAGAAAGAGGCUUUCGAUCACAUCACCGGUGCUUCCGGCGACGGCAAAGUCCGCACGUAUAUCCACAAGGUCUAUCCUUGGACCGAGAUUCAGGAAGCGCAUCGCGAGAUGGAGGCGAAUAAUAACAGCGGAAAGAUCAUAGUCGAGAUUGUUUAA